AUGAGCUCCGGAUCAUCAUCCGAGAAAGAGAAACAGCCGAGGAAGCGUAAACGGUCCACAGAGGUCGAAAAGCUUGAGAAAGAAAUGGCAGCUAUGGCAAAGAAGCUGAGAUUGUUGCAACAAAAUGACAUAAUGGCAACAGAUGCUGACGAAUCAGAUGCAACGCAAUCCAGCGAGGAAAAUCAAAGCCCAAACAAGGUUAAACAGGCCUCAGUCAAAGCAGCUAACGUCAAUGAAGAGGAAGUGGCUUCUUGUCUAGGCGAGCUACGCGAAAACAAGACGUCGAACGAAUUGGAUCUAAUCGACGACGUGGCAUUAAGAGUGUCAGAAUACCUCCGUCUAGGACUGCCUAAGGAGCAGAAGAAGGAAAUCUUAGAGCUGAUUCCAAGGAAACAUAAGGAUUUCAAUCUCGUAGCGCCUAAAAUAAAUGCCGAGAUUCUGCACUCCAUGAAAGAAGAGGCAAUAAAACGUGACAAUUUUUUUGCACAUUACCAAGAUAUAGCAGCAGCAAAUCUGGCUCUAUCAUCAUCGGUUUUAAGCAUGGUGUUGAACGACCAAAAUGAACCUUUGGAGAGAAGCAACAUUUUAAAGGCAUUAUCAGAUGCUGUAAAAUUGAAUGCAGAGUUAUAUCGCUGCUUAAACAUUGCUCGCAAGAUUUACAUUACACCUGCAUUUGAAAAGAAAGUCAAAGCAGUGUUAGAUAAAGCGGAGUCAACAGAGCUGCUAUUUGGCGACAAGGUUACAGAUUUGAUCAGUGGUGUUAAAACAGCUGAAACCCUAAAAAAAGAUUUGCUUGGAACGAAGAUGACCGGUUCUUUAAACUGGAGAAGUUCUUCGAACAACACAGUGGGCAGUCCGAAGAACCAAACCAAGAAGUCAUACUUUGCCCGCAAAGAUCAACAAACACCAUUCACUCCGAGGCAGAACAGCAACAAGAAGCAAAACUACCGUCGGAAUUACACCCAGUCUCAGCCGUUGCAGAAGAAAACAUAA